AUGAGAUUGUUUCAAAGCCUUAUUUACAAUGUCUGGGACCCCAUAAAACCCUACUUUAUUCAGCUUUACCAGGACACUUGGGUAGCAAACAAGUUGAUGACCUUCAUCAGUUAUAAAGUCAGGAGUGCUGAUAAAAGAAGUAAAGCUUCGAAAGGCUCUACACCUUCUCAUGGGCAUCAUUAA